ACGUCCUCCCUGCCUCCCCCUCCGCGCCUGCAAAUGGGCUCACCCACAUCUGGGGAUCGGAGAGAAGACCGUGCCGGUCACGUGACACGGAGGGUGUGGUCCGGUGGAAGCGGGUGCCGCGCUGGGCCGGGUGCUGAUCUGGCAAGAUCAAAGCUGCAGGAGAAUGGACAGUGAGGUACAGAGAGAUGGAAGGAUCUUGGACUUGAUUGACGAUGCUUGGCGAGAAGACAAGCUGCCUUAUGAGGAUGUUGCAAUACCACUGAAUGAGCUUCCUGAACCUGAACAGGACAAUGGUGGCACCACAGAGUCUGUUAAAGAACAAGAAAUGAAGUGGACUGACUUGGCCUUACAGUACCUCCAUGAGAACGUUCCCCCCAUUGGAAACUGACGCCUGGCUCCUUGUUCAUCCACAGAUUUUUUUUAAAUACACAGAUACAAAAUGUU